CAUGGUGGUCGGAGGCCCGGGGACACUCCUGGGGCAGCCAGAGCUUCCCCUUCAUCUGGAGUCAGCCAAUCGCAAAGCCAAAGCCAUGUCCCCCGAAAGGAAGGAAGAGAGCAUGUGGGAGCCCCCAACGGCGGAGGAGGUGGAAGGGGACUCGACGUCUUCCGAGGGAGGGAGGGUGACCGACAGCACAGACGACGAAGAGACCAGCAGCACAGAGAGCGCUCAGCACGCGGAGGCGGCGGGCACGCAGGUCGAGCGGCGGCUGGAGGUCGAGCAGAUGAAAGUCAUGGGCAGGAUCUCUCAGCUGGAACAGGACAUCCGAGAGCUGCAGCUGCAGAGACGGGAGCUGAAGAUCGAGGUGGAGAUGGAGAGGGCUCUGUUGGAAGGAGAGCUGAUGACAGAUAAGAAGGAGAUAGAGAAGGAAGAAGAGAUGAUCCGCGUCUUGCACGAGCAGCUCAGAGAGACAGAGAAGAAGUGGCAGGAAGAGAGAGAAAAGGAUAAACGCCAGCUGCAUUAUGAGAAGCAGAAGGUGAAGGAUCUGGAGGUGAAGAUAGCAGAGUGUCGCGCACAGCUGGAAAAGCAGCCGGAGAGUUUACGGGAGCAGCUCAGGAAGCAAAUCCAUGAGACGUCUGAGAUGAUGGAAACCGCUGUGAAAUCCUUUGAAGACUUGGAGUUCCAGCAGCUGGAAAAGGAAAGCAGCCGGGAAGAGGAGAAGGAGGCCUCCUACAGACAAACAUCACAAAACAUUGCCAAACGGCAAAACGAGUUGAACAAAAGGAAGGAUAAAAUUCUGCGCUUGGAGGAGCAAAUCCGCGGUGCGGAGGAACAGGCGCAAACUGAGAGAUUAAGGAUUAGUGAGGAGAACACGCGGGUCUUCCAGUCUCUGAAUAAGGAGAAGGACAGACUGUUGGCUAUUGGUGCAUUGAAUGGGAAGGACUCUGAGAAACAGGAAGGGAAGACGAACCCCGCCAGAAAGGGACUUCAGAGGACUUCCAGUCUGCCCAGAAGAAGAGGAAAUGCAACGUUUGUGCGACAAUCUGACCGACCAGUUUCACUCCAUGGCAAUACCUGUCUGGAGAGCGCCGGCCUUGCUCUGCACCUAGCCGUAUGCUCCAGCAGCUCUGGAGGUAAGAUCGCCCUCGCCAUAAGCCCCAAUCUCCAGAUGGCACGGACUCGGAAUCUGCAGGGAGAGGAGAGAAGAUCUUGUGGAGGAAGGCUUCAGAAUGGACAUCCCCGACUACCUCUGACAUACGGACCAAUCCCUCAGUUAGCAGAGAUGGAGCGCCAGCUGCGAGAAGCCAUGGCAGAGAAAGAGCGACUCCUGAAGGCCAGAGAAGAGAAGAGAGCAGCUAUAGAGAUGACCAAACGUCUAGAAGCAGAGCAGAGUCACGUGAAGGAAGAAGCUUCUGUACCGGCUUCUGUACCAGCUUCUGUACCAGCCCCGCCCAUGGUGCAACCGGCCGCCCCUGAGCCUACUGCUGAACCGGUAAGAAUACUGUCUCUUUUCUCUUUCAAGGCGCCUUUUGAUCUGCGAUCAUACCUGGAGGCGUCGGGACACAGCGUGGAGACUUGUCCUAAUGUGAGGGUUAGUGCCAUGUGCUGUCGGGGGUACCUUGUGAAGAUGGGAGGACGCAUAAAAACUUGGAAGAAGAGAUGGUUCGUUUUUGACAGACAGAAGAGACGGCUGGCAUAUUAUUCAGAUAAAGAAGAGCAAAAGUUGAAAGGGGUCAUCUACUUCCAGGCCAUAGAAGAGGUGUAUUAUGAUCACUUGCGGAGUGCUUCUAAGAGUCCACACCCUAAACUGACGUUUUGUCUGAAGACCUUUGAGCGCCUCUUUUGCAUGGUAGCACCGACACCGGAGGCCAUGAGGAUCUGGAUGGAUGUCAUGGUAACGGCUGCUGAGGAGAACCACCGCUACUGAGGCCUUUUGUGAUCGGUGCCAAAUGUUUGGGGUAGAGCGAAGAUGUCUGGGAAAGAAAUAGAGGAAGAGAAAAGCAUGAAACACACAGACUGGCUUGUAAAAAGAAGGAACUUGUGAGAGAAAUGUGACUGACAAAAGGGAAGAAAAA